GUAGGUCAACGCGCAGUCGAGGCGGAUCUUCAUAUAGUAUACUCCUGUUGAGAAGAGAACAUGUGAGAUGUAAGAGCCAGUGAAUUGGUGUUAUACCUAACGCUGAAGCGGUAUUAAACGGGGAACAUGGCUACUGCUAAUCUUAACGAGAACUCCCCACUCAUCAACGUAGCAGGAGUUAUCGCCAGAGACAAUGAACAACGUCUCUCGUGUCGCACGCCGGCAGGCAAAGGAGUGCUAUGCGUUUUGCUGGUGGUUUUCUUUGAGAGAUUGGCGUAUUAUUCCAUUACGAUAAACUUGGUAUCUUUUAGUGACAAGCUCUUUAAAGACAUUGGCGUUCAGGGACUUACGGUUAAUCUAUUGUUUCAAGGUACAGCAUUCUUCUUGCCUUUGGUGGCAGGAAUAAUCGCAGACACCCUCCUAGGGAAAAAGAAGAUUUUGGCUAGCUUCUUUCCUAUUUAUAUAUUAGGCUCUCUCCUUUUUACCAUAUCUGGAGUCAGUGGCGUUGUGCAGGAAGCGAAAGUGAUACUUUUCGUAGCUGGUCUAAGCCUUUGUACAGUCGGAGCAGCAGGGGUUCGUGCUUGUCUCACUCCUUACGGAGCAGAUCAAAUUGAAACAAAAGACUCCCAAAGAUCUUUCUUUCAUUGGUCUUAUUUCGUGAUAAAUGUUAGUAGCCUUAUUGCGGUCACUGGUAUUAAUUACAUUGAGCUGGAAGAAGGCUACUGGUCCGGUUACGUUGUUGCCCCGUGUUCGCUUCUAUGCGCACUGGUAUUUUUCCACGUUGGCAAUCGUUGGUGCCGAGAGACGGAACAGCCAAGUUAUUUGCUCUUUGUCGCCGUGAAGCACCUGACAGGGCAAGCGAAACGCGGCAAUACACACCAGUUACCUGAAAGAAACAGAUUGGCCGUGGAUCCAAACGAUGCCAAAGCGUUCGCUAACGUCCUGGUGUGCAUUUCAACUUUAUUGGGUUUUAGUGUUGUUUAUUCUGCGUACCAAACUGUCUAUACUCUUCAAGGAGAACACAUGAACGCAACAGUUAUAGGAGGAAAGGAAAUCACGUCGUCCUCCUUGUCGGCAUUUGACAACGCUGUUAUUUUACUUAUAAUACCCAUUGUGGACAGAGUUGUCUGGCCGUGCUUGAUGUCAAGGGGAAUACGGGUUUCUUAUCUUCAUAGAAUAGGUUUUGGCAUAUUGUGCGGUAUUUUGUCUGUGUUAGCAGCACUUCUGGUGGAACAUUACCGCCACACCGGACUAAGUAUCAUGGCCCAGGUGCCGCAGUACGUUCUUAUGGGUCUUGGAGAGAUACUUGCCUUCAUACCUUGCUAUGAAAUGGCAUACAUAGAGUCACCAGCGUUUACCAAAUCCACGACUAUGGGGCUCGUCUGGACUACGAGCGGGAUAGGAUUUUACAUAUCUGCAUUUGUUAUAAAUUUAGUAGAAGAAAGUCAAAAUAUUGAAUUGGUUUCAGAUUGGUUCCCGAUGAAUGACGAAGACCCAAAAUUAUCGUAUCCGUUCCUGAUUUUGGAAGCCGUGGUGGUCGUAUUCUUUAUUUUAUAUCUGAUCGUAGCUUGCACGCGGAAACCCAAAAAUGGGGAAAAUCGGGGAAAUGGAAGGCACGAAAUCGUGUGACAGCAGUGACGGAUUUAGGGAGGUGUCAGGGGGGGGUCCUGACCCCUCUUCGAUUUUUGAAAAAAAUCACACCAAUAGUUCCCUCUUAAAAUUAGAAUUUUGACUAGCUGAACCAUAGUCCUAAACCGUACCAAAUGGCACCGUUCGCCUUCUAAAAUAUCAAAUUUUUUCGGGACCCGAAACCCCAUGCCAAGGGAGGGGGGGAGGUCGGCUUUGCAUGUCGGCCUGUCAUUCCCCCC